AAAAACCAAAAAUUCCUCCUUCCAAGAAAAGCUCAUUCUUUUUUCACUUGUUUCCCUUCCUUCACGCGUUUUUCUAAUCUUUCAGUCCCUCAGGCCGUUUAGAAACUCGUGGAUCGUGAUAUCAUCAUAUUCAGUUAUUUUAUUUGCUCGCUCCUUCUGGUUUUUAUUUGUUUUUUUUUUUUUUUAAAUUUGUUCCUGCAUUUGAGCUCCCUUUUGUAAUUUGUAACCGUUAAAUCUUUGCAGAACCCUAAUCCUCUGUUCAGAUUACCCCGUCGUGCGGUAUUUGUCUUUUUGUCCACCGGGGAAUAUUCAAUCUCUUCCUGUCAAUUUCCUCUAUUCUUUUUUCUCUUGUACCCCAUUGUCAUUCAUCUUCGUUUUGUGUUUCUACUCUGUUUCUCACCGUGUCCUCCCAUUAAUUUUUCUUGUUCCACAGGCGUAACUGGUGAUAUAUUCUCUGUUCCCAUUUCAAACCGAACUCCUCUGGCCGUUCUGUUUCUCAAAUCAUAAGAGACCAAUUCGGUUUAAUCGACACUGAUCGAUUUCGGCAAUUGGGUAGCGCAUUGGCGGUUCUCACCCCGCAAACACGGCCGACGGGACGAGAAUUGUGGAAGAUCUGCAUCUCGGCUUUGCUCAUUUGCCAUCAUUACACACACACUGACACUAUUUAUUUUUUAAUAGCUAAACGCUCCCCCCCCCCCCCCCCGAGUUUUUCCCCUGUCUAGCCGUCUCAUUUUUCGAAUCGUGGGGGUAUAGUAUCCCUAAAAAUUCGCUGAUUUCACUACCCACUCACAGAAACAGUUGUUUUUCUCAUUCUUUAUAGAAAGAAAGGAGAAUUGUAGCAAAUAAAUAUUCUUUUUCUCUAUCUUAUUAUUUCUUCGUCUCUCCCCUUAUUGUUUUGCUGGGGAAAUAGGGAAACGGUGAGCGAAUGGAAAAGAUUUGGAUUUUGAAAUGGGCAUUGUUGGUUUGGAUCAUGAGUCGUCACGCGGAAGGGCUUGGUGUGAAUUGGGGUACGCAGGCCACUCAUCAGUUGCCUCCAGACACGGUGGUUCAAAUGUUGAAGGACAAUGGAAUUCAAAAGGUGAAGCUGUUUGAUUCAGCUGAUUCCACCAUGACUGCUCUGGCUGGUACGGGUAUCGAAGUCAUGGUUGCCAUUCCUAAUAAUCAGCUUGCUGCGAUGAAUGACUAUGAUCGAGCUAAACAGUGGGUGAAAAAGAAUGUUACACGUUACAACUUCAAAGGAGGGGUUAACAUCAAGUAUGUAGCAGUUGGGAAUGAACCAUUUUUAAAAUCCUAUAACAAUUCAUUCUUGAAUAUCACAUUCCCAGCACUACAGAACAUUCAAAAUGCCCUUAACGAAGCUGGUGUUGGAGACACCAUAAAAGCCACGGUGCCCUUAAAUGCUGAUGUGUAUGAGUCCCCAGCAAAUAAUGCGGUUCCUUCUGCAGGAAGAUUCAGGGCUGAUAUAAAUGAUCUCAUGACCCAGAUAGUCCAAUUUAUGAACAAGAAUGGUGCACCAUUCACUGUAAACAUCUACCCUUUUUUAAGUCUUUAUGGGAAUGAUAAUUUCCCUUUUAACUACGCUUUCUUUGAUGGUGUUACCACCCCUAUAAACGAUAAUGGGAUUCAAUACACAAACGUGUUUGAUGCAAACUUUGAUACCCUGGUUUCUGCUCUGAAGGCAGUGGGAUAUGGAGACAUGACCAUUUUGGUAGGAGAAGUAGGGUGGCCUACAGAUGGUGACAAGAAUGCCAACGUAGGCAACGCCUUAAGGUUUUACAGUGGGCUUUUACCACGGCUUGCAGCAAAUAAAGGCACACCACUUCGCCCUGGAUUCAUUGAAGUUUAUCUGUUUGGACUUAUUGAUGAAGAUGCCAAGAGCAUUUCUCCCGGUAACUUCGAGCGACACUGGGGAAUAUUCAGGUAUGACGGGCAGCCAAAAUUUCCAAUGGAUCUUUCCGGUCAGAAUCAAAACAAGUUACUGGUAGGAGCGAGGAAUGUGAAAUAUCUAUCUUCAAAGUGGUGCAUGUUUAACCCAAAUGCCAAAGAUCUCAGUAAACUUGCUGAUAAUAUAAACUAUGCAUGUACCUUUGGAGACUGUACAUCACUUGGAUAUGGGUCUUCUUGCAACAACCUGGAUGCUAAUGGGAAUGCCUCAUAUGCAUUUAACAUGUAUUACCAGGUGCAAAAUCAGGAUGACAUGGCCUGCAAUUUUCAAGGUUUGGCCAAGAUUACCACACAGAAUAUUUCAACACCCACGUGCAAUUUUGUGAUUCAGAUUUCAUCAUCCUCUUCUCUGAUGUCCCCGUUGAUAGCUUCCUUAUUUAUCACAUUAUCCAUGAUUCUAUUUUUAUAGAUUUUCCUUGUAUUACAUAUAUAUUAGGGGUGGAGUGCUAUUAUAUAUUUAUAUUUUUCGCCAAUUCUAUUA